UUAACCUUGGAAAUCAUGGACGUUUUCUUCAGAGCUAUCACAUGCAUCUGUAGGAGACAUUUCCUGAAGUGGGAUUUCCAGCUCAAAGGAUGCUCACCAAACCUCCUCCACCCCUGUGCUGGGCCCACUCAUCUGCUCUCUUCUGAGGACCUUGUUUUCAAGGCACAAAUCUCACGACUCCUGCAAGCUGGAACGACAGGUCUGAUCAGCAUGUUCCCACCUCAAGAUCUUUGUAUUUCCUGUUCAUCUAUGUGGACAGCUUUUCCCAAAGCUCCCUCCCCAACCCCAGCCUCUGGAACCUCAGUCAGAUUUAGAGGAAAGAACCAGUUUUCAGAGAGAUUGCCUCACACCACACCAUCUCCACUCACCCAGCCCUGUGGAAGAUUAGCCACCAUGUUUUCCAGUGGGAUAGAAACUGUAGCUGCUGCAAAAAGGAGGGUAUGUCUUCUCUCCUUGCUGCUCUUCGGCCUCUGGGGUUGUGUGACCUGUCACUGGAGCCCUGUGGAGGACAUCUGCACAGCCAAGCCUCGGGACAUUCCUGUGAAUCCUAUGUGCAUAUACCGGUCCCCAGAGAAGAAGGCAACUGAGGAUGAGGGCUCUGAGCAGAAGAUCCCUGAGGCCACCAACCGGCGGGUCUGGGAACUGUCCAAGGCCAAUUCCCGCUUUGCCACCGCCUUCUAUCAGCACCUGGCAGACUUCAAGAAUGACAGCGACAACAUUUUCCUGUCACCCCUGAGUAUCUCCACAGCUUUUGCUAUGACCAAGCUGGGUGCCUGUGACAACACCCUCAAGGAGCUGAUGGAGGUUUUUAAGUUUGAUACUAUCUCUGAGAAAACAUCUGAUCAGAUCCACUUUUUCUUUGCCAAAUUGAACUGCCGACUUUAUCGAAAAGCCAAUAAAUCCUCCGAGUUGGUAUCCGCCAAUCGCCUUUUUGGAGAGAAAUCCCUUACCUUCAAUGAGACCUACCAAGACAUCAGUGAGGUGGUCUAUGGAGCCAAGCUCAAGCCCCUGGACUUCAAGGAAAAUGCGGAGCAGUCCAGAGCGACCAUCAACCAGUGGAUAUCCAAUAAGACUGAAGGACGUAUCACUGACGUCAUUCCCCAUGGAGCCAUCAAUGAGCUCACUGUUCUGGUGCUGGUCAACACCAUUUACUUCAAGGGCCUGUGGAAGUCAAAGUUCAGCCCUGAGAACACAAGGAAGGAACCUUUCUACAAGGCUGAUGGACAGUCAUGUCCAGCAUCCAUGAUGUACCAGGAAGGCAAGUUCCACUAUCGGCGUGUGGCAGAAGGCACCCAGGUGAUUGAGUUGCCCUUCAAGGGUGAUGACAUCACCAUGGUACUCAUCCUGCCCAAGCCUGAGAAGAGCUUGGCCAAGGUGGAGCAGCAACUCACCCCAGAAGUGCUUCAGGAGUGGCUGGAUGAGCUGACAGAGACGCUGCUGGUGGUCCACAUGCCCCGCUUCCGCAUUGAGGACAGCUUCAGUGUGAAGGAGCAUCUACAAGACAUGGGCCUUGUGGACCUAUUCAACCCUGAAAAGUCCAAGCUUCCAGGUAUUGUUGCAGAAGGCCGGAGCGACCUGUACGUCUCAGAUGCAUUCCAUAAGGCAUUUCUCGAGGUAAAUGAGGAAGGCAGUGAAGCUGCAGCAAGUACCGCCGUUGUGAUCGCUGGCCGUUCGCUGAACCCCAACAGAGUGACCUUCAAGGCCAACAGGCCCUUCCUGGUUCUUAUAAGGGAAGUUGCUCUGAACACUAUUAUCUUCAUGGGCAGAGUAGCCAACCCCUGCUAAACACUAAAGUGUUCCUAUUCUUUGCACCUCCUCCUAUUUUGGUUUGUGAACAGAAGCAAAAAUAAAUACUACGCCCAUCUCACAA